AUGGGUGAUUAAAGAAAUGUCUCAUCAGAUGAUCUGAUUUAUUUUUUCCAAAUAAAUUACUUACAUUAAAUGAGAAGAAAAACAAAACAUAAAAUCUAUCAACCACAAAUUUAAGAAACAUAAAUUAUCAAAUCAAAUACAUCUCACAUACCACCUUCUAUUUUGAGUUCUUAAAAUUUAAAUAAUACUUAUACAAAGUAUAGUAAACAAAAGCAGGAGAAUAAUAAAUUAUAAUUUAAAGCUUCUAGUAUUUCAACUAAAUAGUUAAACUAAAUUUUCAUAAAUAAUCGAAAUAUUAUAAGAAGACAUAGAGUUUCUUUAAUAUAAAAUUAACCUGACAAGAGUCUAGAUUCUUUGAUCACUAGAAAAAAAAGUUCUAAUUUCACUUUUACAGAAACUAGUUAAAAAAGAAUUUUGGGUAGUUUAUAAAUGUAAUUAGAGAAAAGUGUGAUUGGCUAUAGAAACCAAUUAAGAUUAAUUUAGAAAAAAAUCGAAUAUAAAAAAUAAGGCAUAAUACAAUUAUUGGAGAGAACUUUAAAAAUUUGAAUGGAUGGCAAAUUGAAAAUGAAUAUGAUUGUGAUUUUUGA